GUCCUCAAGGAGAUCGACUGGACACUCUCCCAGUUUCUGCAUCACCUGUUCCGGGUGAGGGACGAAAAUCAGCAGCCUAUCCAUCGAACCCAGUCACAUGGACUCAUGGUUCGCCGCUUCCUCAGCGGACAGUCGAAAUACAAGCCAAUCAGUAUCAUCGACAGCUGGCUUCAUGACCAUGCAGGUCGACCAGACCCGAACUCGCCGGACGACCUCAUGUAUUCACUUGACAAGCCGUUCACCGAGAUCCCGUCAGCUCGGGCAGCGAUAACAUCUAUGGUGGUACAAUUAUGCCAUCAGAAGCUCUUGAAGGAGAUGCGGAAAACCAUCAAAUCUGUCAAAUCUGUCGCGCAGAUGCACCAACCACUUACACUCCGACUCCUGACGAUGCUUGCCUCACCGGAGCCUCACAAACGUGAUGGUGUAAUUGUCGUGAGGAAGACAAGACCACCGCAGCUUGUCGCGCUCGAAAUCAUCAGUAUGGUGAAUUUCUCGCACACGAAAUUCGCGCGCUUACACCCGUCCGCCCGGUCCAUCAUGUUCUUUGCCAAUGGGGCAUCACGAGGGAUAUUCAACUACGGGAGUCGCAUUGCUUUCUCGCAGAGUUACAAUGCGACCUAUGCAACAUUGGCACGCAUGUCAGCACAGCGCGCGGAACACCUCAUAAAGGCUGGAAAAGACAAACGUACUGGCCUCGCAAUGCGUUUUGACAACGUGCAACAGCAUGUAAAGGUGCGCGAGCACCGAAUCGGACAUGAGAACGUCAUGAAGAUUGGUGUCGCGGGGACCGUGGCGGAGAUGUUUGACUUCGAUCUCGCUGUCGCUGACGCCAGAAAGAAGAAGCUGUCACUCGAGAGUAAUAUGCGUGCUACACUCACUGUGGAGUCGCUACUCGAGGUGGUAGAUCAACAUCAUCUGCGACAGGUCUUCGUCUUGCAGUGGCUCCAGACGUUGGUCAACUACGUCCCCGAACUGGCGACGUACAAGUCCAAGGUGGCCGAGAUCUACCGCACGCAAGCUUCGAAGUUUCGUGUCCCUGAUCAGAAGACUGUCAUUCAUCCACUCGGCACAUCUUCGAAGAACGAGAAUGUCAUUACCGAGCUUCGCGACGCCAUGAUUGACUUCUUGGGCCAGAUCGGACAAAGCGAGGACGACUACGAUCCCAAUCGGCUCAUCUUCGUGGGCGGAGAUGGGCUCACUUUCGAGCGGCUGCUCAAGCUGAAGCAGUACAUGCAGUUCCAGGAUAGCGCUUUCAAGCGCUUCGAGAACGUGGUUCCGUUUCUUGAAACCUGGCAUACGGAGUGGACGUAUGUCAGCCUCAUGUUCGAGACACAUUGGGGUGAUAGCCUUACCAACGACCCGUCAAAGCUCGGCCACAGCGCCAACAAAAUUGAUCAGAAGGAGCCGACGAACCUCAAGAAGGUUGACUACUAUUCAGCAGUCUAUCUCGCAUACUUGGUCCUCGACGUACGCAUGCUAGAUUGCUUCCGUAGAAUCCACUUCCAGACCGAGGAUAUCUUCGCGUACUUCAAGGCGCUGGCAGCCCGAGAUGCAUUACCAACUCUGGAGGAGUUACACAAAGUUGCGGAGACUCUGUAUGCGCGGUACAUGUCACGGAAGGCGUACCAUAUAGCGCUUGCUGGUGAUCAAGUCACCGAGACGCUAGGCAUCCCAUCAGCACCCGAGCCCUGGCAAACUCCUGGCGGUACUAGUACCGAAGGUACCUCAUUCGCAGGUGAUCGAUCACUUGCGCAAUCCAUGCUCUUCAUGAUUGAUACGGCCCUCUCGCGUUCUGUUGCCCAGGCGGUCGCAAUGGGUGAUGUCGGGAGUGUCUAUGAAGGUAUAAAGAUGAUGCUAUUCAACUUCGCUGGGUCGGGACAUACGAAAUACACCAGCUAUAUCCUCGAGAUGGUAGUGUCUUUAGACUUUGAGUCGGAUGAAGAACUACGAACCUUAUUCCUUCGGAACUGGCUUGUCAACCCCUCCGGGGAAAGCGGACGACAUCAGGAGGGUGAUCUAAUGCAAGAGCACUUGAAUCUCGCCCUGGAAGACGCCGUCCAACGAAGUGGGAGCGAGUGGGAUGGCAAGCUUAUCCGUGAUGUAAUCGCGCGGAACGUUCACUAUUUCGUGGACCUCAAAAAUGGUUGGGGUCAGUCGAUAGGCUUGGCAAAACGCAAGGGUUACCAUCCAGAGCCGCACAGCAAACCGGAAGUGUCGACUCUACUGCGAGUGUACAAGGAGACCCAUCUCCACCAAUUCAUGGCUGGCCGGUCAUAC